AUGCCGCGGGGUCCCCAGACGAAUGCAACAUGCACGAGCGACUUUACUUGGGCUGACAAUGCAGAAGAGCUAAAUCCUUGUUCACUGGUUGCAUACGUUAUGGCUUCUUGUCUUACGGAUACAUAUUAUGUAUGGGCUUUGAGUAAUGAUACACAUUAUGAUCGGCCAGGAGAUGGGGCUAUCUCAGUGACGCCUUGUUCAUGUUCCUGGGCUGCAUACAACCUUUUCGGUGCUUGUACAGCGUGCCAAGCCGGUAGUCAUGCUAGCUGGGGCUGGGCCGCUUACAAGGCGAAUUGUGGAGAUGACUUGUCCAAUACAACUUUCUUCCCUUAUGAUAAGGAUUAUACUCUUCCGACAGCUGCUUCGAUUCCUUACUGGGCUGCACAAAAUCCCUCGAUUUGGAACAAUGGCGAAUUUGACACGACCGAGGCGAAGAAUCUAUCUUUGGAAGGACAUGCCGACUUGAGUGGUCCCUCAAAUGACACCAGUAACGGCUCCGGUUCUUCGAGACUGGUGGGCGCUAUUGUGGGGGGAGUUGUUGGGGGCGUUACCGUGGUAGCCGGUGCAGCUGUAGUUGCCUUCUUCCUUUUCCGACGUCAUCGUCGACAUCGUGCACCUAAAAUCCUGGAGAUUCGACCAGGACAUUUCCGCUCCCAAUCUGAUCUAACGCAAAAGAAUGGUCCUGCAAUACUCUAUAGCGAUUCCGCAGGUCAACGUCCUUCGAGCUCGCUUACCCAGGCGACUCACACUAUACUUUCACACUCUGGAGAAGGGACCACACCUUCAUAUUUCGGCUCCAUCCACGGCUCUUCUGCUUUCAUGUCUCCACCCACUUCUCCGACACGCCAGUUAAUGUCCCCUCCACCAAUGAUUAUGAAUCCAGAGGAUAUCAUUCACCCAUUCACUGCUACCCCUUUGAUGACAGCAUCACCCUCGUACACGGUCGACAGGAAAGGCGAGGGAGGUACGGAUUUACACACCCACUAUCAACGACCUUCGAUAUCUUCCGUUGACCCAAUCGCUGAUCAUUCUGCGACCAACCCUGAAAGUGCAUCGAGACAGCGCAUAAACCCUCCUGCUUACAGUAUGUACGAAGAAGAAUCCCCUCAUGUGAUACAUCAAACACCGGACGGUACUGGUAACCCGUCACGAGCUCCGACGCCCAAUCGAGGACACCGAUCUGAAAAGCGUACUAGUCAGGACGCAGCAGUCUUGCCUCGGAGUCCGGUUGCAUCCACUAUGCAAGUGCGGAACACUGAGAGCCGAUCGUCUUCUCCUGGACAUGGGGCGUUUGGCGGUAUGAACGCCGUGCGAUCUAGUCGUGCGCUGAGCGAAAGCACGGAUAUUGACGUAUCGAGGAUAGCCUGA